ACUCAAGGGCAGAGUGGUUCUUCUGUGUUCUGAGGAGGUCUGGUCCAUUUCUCUCUCUUCUCUCAUCAGGAACAUCAUGUCUUUACUGGUGUCUACGUGGAGGACAGUCGGGGUGUUCUUCAUCCUCCUCAUGCAGAGUGUGAGUGCCACUGACUGCACUUGUGAGCUGACUAGUGCUGAGAAACCCUUCCCUAAAGGGGAACUGUUGAGCAUUGAGACCGCUGCUGUGGAAUGCAAUCAGAAAUUUCAGUCAGCAAAGAGGACGGAGGAGGCUGCGCUGAGGCUGGGUCUGCACCAGCGUCUGCUGCAGCUGCAGGGUGACGUCUCAGCGCUGGAGCGGGAGGAUGACGGUGGGCUCUAUGGAGCCGUGUCACUAAGGAUCAUAGAGCUGGAGCUGGCGGAGAUCUUGCAGCUCCUCGACAAGCUCAACAGAACACAUCUCAUGCACCGAAAUCUCAGCACCGACGUCAACGCCACAAUGCAUGAGGUAAGAGCUGAGCUGAAGCAGCUGGAGAAGUAUGAUCACAUGCAGAUUGCCCAGAAACUGGAGGAGAACAAACGUCUGCAGAGGAAUCUGGCCCAAUGCCAGGAGGAGCUUCAGGCAACACCCCCACCUCCUACACCUACCCCAGGAAACUGCCCUCAGGGUCACCUUGUAAACGUGGAAGGUCCCAGAACGUAUACGAUCACCCAGUAUGGUACCUCGUAUACCUAUGGAGCCUGGGGUCGAGACCCACGGCCCGCACCCGGAAAGGAGAGCUGGUACUGGCUGACACCACUGACGAGCAGUAACGCAUUCGCCAACUAUGUUCGUCAGUACACCAGCCUCAGUGCUCUGAUUGCAGGGGUGGCUCCAAAGGAUUUCUCCAUAGCCUCUGGCAACCCCACCACCAACACCAUCCAAGGGCCCAACAUGGUGAUGUAUGGGGAUGCUCUGUACUACGGCUGCUACAACAACCCCUCUGUCUGCCGCUUCAACCUGACGUCGCGAGCAGUCACUACAGCGCCCCUCCCCCCAAACUCUGGGAUCAACAACAAAGUCCCCUUCUGCCACCUGGAGGCCUGCUACGUCUACACCGACUUAGACCUGCUCACAGACGAGUCUGCUGUGUGGGUGGUGUCGACCUCAGCAGAGAACUACGGCAACGUGAUUAUCAGUGAAGUGGAGCCUGGUGACACCCCAAGGCUCCGACCCCCCAUGAAGACCUCCCUUCACAAGCGCACUGCUACCAACACCUUCAUGGUGUGCGGUGUUCUCUAUGCUACGCGCUACGUGGACAAGGAGACAGAGGAGAUCUUCUACUCCUUUGACACACAGAGUGGGCUGGAGCGCUACAAUCUGAGUAUCCGCUUUAGGAAGAUGCAGACUAACAUACAGUCCCUCAACUAUAGCCCUUUAGACCACAAGUUGUAUGUUUUUAGUGAUGCCUACGCCAUUACAUAUGACGUCAUUUUUGAGUGAGGUUUUAAUUAGACACGGUGCUUAAUCAGAUUGGGUGUCCUCAGUGUCACAAAUACUGUUAGGUUAAGAUCUGCAUUAUUUUAUUAAAUUAAAUACAUUUGUGCUAUGAGUGAGCUUAAAUAGUUCCAGCUUUAAUGUUAACUUUCUGUUCCUGGAUAGACCAUUAAUCUUAGUGAGACUGAAUUAGGUAUUAGCAGGUAUAAGCUUAAGGAAUAAUAAUGAUCAAUUAACCUUUACCACAGUUGUCCUGAAAAAUCACUUUAGAAGGACUUGGAACCCUUUAUAUCUGCAUAUGUUAUGUAAAAUCCAACCAACGUAAAUGAGCAAAGUUAGGUUAGUAUGUCUUAUGUUCCGCUAUGCUACAUUGUGCUUCUUUUGUACUGGAUUGUUGUACUCACAGCUGAAUAAAAUUGACCUAAACUGAUGUAAUUUUAGGCACUUACCUGCUGUAAGAUAAUAUGUGGAUAAUAAUAUGGAAAUAAACUCUACAUAAAGAUAAUCUAAA